AUGUCGGACUAUUCGUAUACGGACACCUCUUCCGGGCCACGACUAGUCUCGUAUGAGAGACGCGAUGGUUUAGAAUACAAUAAUAGGCUUCCGAGUCAUCAUGACGCUUACGCCCGUCCGCCAAUUCAAGAUCGCCGUACGCAGAGGUCUUACUCGUUUCAGAAGCGAGAAGAAGUUUCAGUAAGUCAGAUUCUUCGACGAACUUCGAACUCAGUGGCGCCGGUUACAGUUGAAGCAAUGACGAGAACUCAUCCGAUUGAACGGCGACGCGAUUUCGAUAUGCCGUCACAGGAGAUGAAUGAUAUUGCCUACCGCGGCUUACCAAAUAGUCUGCUACGAUACCAUGAUGACGAUUAUCCUAGCCAGUCGGUUUCUUACGAUGGGGCGAGAUACUACGAUCCUGUACAAGAAACAGACAUUCUUGGAGAUGAUGUCAGUGAGGAGCAGUCAGAUGUAUAUGGCCCUGGGACGUACAAUCCAGCAGACGAUGACACAUCUAGCAGCGGUGAGGAGGACGACCCAGAGUUAAGGGAAUUAGAGGAAAGAGACAAUAUUGUGCUGAAAUAUGAAAGGGGUCCCGAAUCGAAGGAUAUCGAUCCGUGGGAGAAUCCUGAGUUUGACGUGUACGCCAAAAUGGAUCGUUUUGGCUUCGUACAUAAAAAUCCUGAAGAAGCAACAGAAGAAGAACGUGAGAAUCGCCGCCGCGUGGAAAAAGAAGUGAGGCGGGUAAACAAAUGGUUAGCCAUGGAAGCAGCAUGGAAAAAAGGUCGAAUCCCCAAAAAAUUAGAAGAACGAACAUGGAAAGAAAUUCCGGAGAAGCUGCGUAUGAAGAUUUGGCCACGACUUCUUGGUGCAGCAGAAAUGAAAGAGGCUCGACCAGACGUUUACCAACAGUUGUUGAUAAGAGCUCGACUGGUCUCAAAGGAUAUCAAACAAAUUGAUCUGGACAUCAACAGGACCUAUAGGGAUCAUAUUUCGUUUAGGAGGCGUUAUGAUGUUAAGCAACAGUCCCUUUUGAAUGUCCUUGCGGCAUAUUCCAUGUACAAUACAGAGGUCGGGUACUGUCAAGGAAUGAGUCAAAUAGCUGCUCUUUUUCUAAUGUACCUAGACGAAGAAGACACAUUUUGGUGUAUUCAUGCUCUGAUGGUGGGCAAGAAACAUACUAUGCAUGGAUUCUUUGUUCCUGGUUUUCCAAAACUAUCGCGUUUCGAGGCUCAUUUCAAGAAAGUGCUCAAAAAGUAUCGGCCACGGGUGUACAAGCAUUUAGAGAAAAACGAUAUUCCUUAUAUUUACCUCACCAAAUGGUGGUUUGGAUGUUUUCUGGAUCGGGUGCCGUUCUCGUUAGCUCUAAGAUUAUGGGAUGUCUACAUACUAGAGGGUGAUCCUAUUUUACUUGCUAUGGCUCUGAACAUUAUGAAAAUGCAUGAAAAAGCUAUAAGAAAGUUGCAUAUGGAAAAUUUCAUGGAUUUUAUCCAAACAACACUUGCCAACAAUUUUGGAUACUCGGAUGACGAGACAAUGUUCUCAUUACGAGAAGUACUGAGCAGGUUAAAGGGUGAUGGACUCCAUUUUCCGCCUCCACCGAAGCCUGAAGAUCUGCCAGAAGUGCCUACUAAAGCUCUCGGUCCCAUACUGUCCCGACCUAUUUCAUCUAUCCGCGAAGAACAAGAGGAAAUCAAAUCUCGACGAAGUCAUGCAGCGUCUAUUGGUCGAUCGCCCCAUCCACGUCGAAGCCGAAAACCUAUCCACUCAAGGGCACCAUCGGCACCAAGUUCAAGGUUCCCUGUGGCAGAAGAUGCCCGAGUUUCAUCCUCAAGUCUUCAUGAGUCCCGUCAGCUGGUCCCAAACGGCAAAGAAAUCCCAUUUGAAAUUCCAACUCGCCGAGCGCCGUCGUUCAAUAGUCAACACAUUCCGCCACCAGAUCCAAGACAGAAUCCAUCUAAAAAUGGGCAUGGGUUCCCAGCGCGGGUCAUUGCAGACAGUGACGGAUUUGAGCCCAGGAGAUCGUCUUCAAACGCUCGUACUUCGUCGAUACGUGAUGAACACACGGGCAAAAUGGUUACAGUGGUGCGGGGUGACGACGAUGAAUUUGAAGAAACAGGUCCAGCCACGGGUCGCCUUCGACGAGAAAUGGAAGAAAAGUGGAAAGGGCCGAGAAGACAGCAAGCUGAUCGCGUACAUCAGACUUCGAACAAUGUGACGAUAAUCACACUUGGUGACGAUUCCGUAAUCUGA